CCACCCACUCUCCUCUCCCCGUGUUUCAGUCCUGCGGAGAUCUGGGUAUCACAUCCACCGCAACACUCACACGGCGCAGGACGCAACGCCAACUCUUCCAGCCGUCACCGCCAGCCAGCAUCUCCUGAAACAGUCGGCCUUAUUAUUUGCAGAGCUCCCCGACACGAUGACCAGAAAGGUUUUUAGCAACACCAGGGAGAGAUGGAGGCAACAAAACGUGAACAGUGCCUUCGCCGAGCUGCGAAAACUCGUCCCUACACAUCCCCCGGAUAAGAAGCUCAGCAAGAACGAAAUUCUUCGUCUGGCGAUGAAAUACAUCGAUUUUCUGGUCAAGCUACUAAAAGAUCAAGGAAUUGGUGAAGAGAGCAUGGGGUCAAGCAAAGUUGGUUCUUUCCCUGAAUCUUGGCAGCUUGGGUCCCGUGGAGAAGGGAGCCCUGAGGUUGAGAGUAAUGUCCCAUCACCACCAUCGGCCUGUUGCAGCAGUUGGAUGGAGGGGUCUUUGAGUUCACCUGAGGGACAUUCCCAAUCAAAUGAUCACACAAUGACCCCCAGCACUGCAAUUUUGUACCUUAAUCAGUUUGCCUUGUUCAAGAACCUGCAGGUUUUGACCCAUUAGACACUAGCAUGACCAGACCUGCUCAUUGCUGGUUUGUUUGAUCUCACUGAUUAACCGUUUAUUUACCAAGGUGAAACACUUGCCACAUAAGCCCCCAUUUAAAAAUAAACAGAUGAAAAUCAAAUACUGGAAUAAAUAAUCUGAAAAUUUAAAUUCUGGUGUGAAAUUCCUGUAAUUAACACAAUGUGUAUAUUUACAUUUGUGGGUUGAUCUAGUGAUAUAUUAAACUGAAGGUUAAUUUCCUUUUACAUCUGUUAUACGAAGCAUUCAUGAUUAUAUUCGUAUCAUUGUCUCCUUUAACUUACUGCCUUCCAUAGACUGAUGGGGAGGUAGUGGAUGUGUGGAGGAAGGGGGAGGGAGGGUGGAAAAUACAGUUCUACGCAAGAGCAAUGUUAAUUGAUCAACAAAAAAUAAAAUGAGAUGAUUUAUAUAAGGGACAAUUAAAGGAGGAACGUUUUUAUCACGUUUUCCACAAGUUACGUUCUGUGCUUUCUAACGUUAACUGGCAACGGAUUGUAAUUAGUGUGCAAUAUACUGUAAGAAUACCUCUUGUUUUCUACAAUUUUGUGGCUCUUCACAUUUGACGCUGUUGAUGUCUGAAUCACAUCUUUGAUCACUGGAGGUAUAGUCAAUCCAAAUGAAAUUGUAACUAAUCCCCAGAGUAAGUAGGGAGCUAUUUAGAAUAACAGGUCUGUGAUAAUGAUGUGUUAUUCUGCAUUUGAUAUAUUUUGGUUCUAAUUAUUACGAAAAAUGUAUUUUAUUGUGAUGUGGAUGUUGUUUGUUAAUAUUUAAAAAUGUGUUUGAAGGCACGAUGCAAAUAAUAACAUAAUUUAUUUUCUGCUAAAUAUGCUCCUGCAAGAUUGUGGCACUAUACUGAUGUGGGCAGUAGGUGCUUUACAGUUCAACAGAGAAACACACCUCUUCUUCUUGUGUGCCACCAUCAUAGCCUUUCCGCUGGUAGGCACAAGGGUGUCAGCUUUCUCUGCAAUUGAUGACAGCAGCACCAGCAGACAAAAGGUCUUCCAUUUCUCAAAAGGGUUGAUAACCUUCCUUAUUUUUCUUUCCAAAUUAAUUUAUUGUUAAUAUUAUUUAAUUUAAAAAAAAGUAUGUUCCUACUUAGAGAGGAUGCAAUGGAUAUUUAUAUAUCGGUCCCAGUCAUAAGGGACUUCAGUUUUGUGGAUAGAUAUAGAAGCUCCCUGAAAAGUCCGAAAUAUUCUGGACAAAGUGAACAAUGAUAAAGUGGUUAUAUUGAGAUAGGUGAUUUUAAAUCACGAGCAAAAGAACCAAAGGAGUAAUUAAGAUAAAUGUCUUCACGCAAUUAGUUGUGUUCUGAAAUUCACUGGCUGAAGUGUGGUGGAAGUUGAUUCAAUUACAGGAUUAAAAAAAGUCAAGGGACCGAAUGGGCUCCAUUUCUGCUGCAACCAAUCAAUAAUUUCAUUUAACUUUAUGACAAGGUGAAAGUUUUGGUUGAACCAGCCAAAGAAUCUACAAAUGUACAAAAUGCCUGAAUUUUACUUUGGGAAUGCUCAAAUAAAGAUGAACAUAGAAUGACGCAUGGGGUUUGCAAACUGACAGCUCUGAGUUCAAGGCAUUGAUUCUUAAAUAAUCUUUAAACAAUAAUUCUGAAGCCUCAUGAUCAGCUGUGUUUUCAAAUAAGUAUGUAUUUUGUGUAAUAUGAUAAAUGAUAUUUGAUCACCUGUAACUAUUUAUACUGGAUGUUGUAAAUGCAUGUGGAAAUAAAGAAAAGAUAGUCAUGUU